AUGACUGCCAGGGGCGUUGGCACCAAGACCCAGACAGGAGGACCCCCACACCAAGGUGGGGAGCCCCCCAACCAGCCGGGCCAAAGGGACCCGUGGACAAAAGAACGUAAGAAGGAAAAUAAAAGUGACGAGAAGGCCAAAGAGGAGAAAGAGGAACUGUUCUCCCUCCGUGAAGAAACCCGGCGAACGGAGGAAAAGAGCAAAGAGCUCCAGGAGGAAAACAACCUCCUGGAAGAAGACACUGCACACCUCCGAGAGCAAAUGGUGGCGCUGGAGGGAAAAUAUCAGGAGGUGGAGGAGGAGGAGAAGACAGUCCUGGAGCUGGACAACCAGGAGCUCCAAGAUCUCCUGGUCAACAAAUCAAAGUGGAGACUUUUCAAGAGGCUGUCAGAGGGGGAGAAACAAAAGCUGAAAGAACUGAAAGAAAAGAAAAAGAAGGAACAGAAAGAGAAGAAAGAGAGAGAGAGAGCUGAAAGAAAAAAAAAAGAACAGAAAGAG